AGCAUAGCUAAGACGGACGGAGAUCAAAGGAAGCGGAUGCCUUAUUUUAUUUUGACAUGCUCCAUACAUCAACGAGUCUGCGCAUUGCGGGAGAUUUCUGUUUGGCUUUCCCGGCGGCGGCGGAUACACCUAUUCCCGCCAGUCACGUGGUGAGCCUUCGCGGGUGCGGAUCGCACUCCUUGUCUCUCGGCCUUCUUUUUUUCCUCGAUCUAUUGCGAUACUUCCUCGACGCGCGAAAGGAAUCCGCACCGAGAGAAAUCACAUAUUGGAUUCAUCGGCAGAUCAGCGCGCAUCUUUUUAAAACGUCCGAGAUUGUUACGGCAAAGAGUAUCUCAUUGUGGAGGGAAGCGAUCGACCAAGACGACAUGGGCAUGUUACACCGAGCAAACGUCACGACCUUAAUGGAAGCGAUAACGUGACAAAGAUCGAGGUGGAGCUCAGGGAGGCACCGGACGCUGUCGUCGUCGGAUCCAUGUCAUCGGAAUUGGAAGCUGCCAUCGAACUCAAUUCAACCUUUCCCGACGGAACAGGUGCGGUAGUGGUGCGUGCCGAGGAGGCCCUAAUUGUCAUCCUCGUCCUGGUUCUGUGGGUGGCUGCGAUCGCUCUAUUCUUUAAUCGAUGGGGCAAAAUCCGCAUGCUCGAGCCGUAUCAGCCGAAAUUUCAGCAACAGCACAGACAAAGCUGCAGCAUCGUCGACCCAAAUCCUCUUCAGCAUCGAAGCUACUCCAAGUUCAACCUCCACUGCAUGGACCAUCCGGUGCACCAGAUGAGCUGCUCGUCGGGCGGCCCGUCGGUCGCGAGGCUGCGGCAGAACAGCGUCUUCGUGGGUUCGAGCGCGUCGCUGCUGCUGGCCAGCCAGGAGACCCCUAGGCGCGCGAAGAGCGCGUUCGAUCUGCAGUCGCUGGUGCACGCCGAGUGCGCGGACGAGGAGGAGCGAGACGGCGACACUCUGCGGACCCUCAGGUGCGUCGGCGAGACGUCGCGGCUGCUGCAACGCGAGCGACGACCCAGCAGCGCCUAUCAGUUCGACCGGAUGGACGUUCUGGCGAGGCCGACGUUGCAGCAGCGCGAACGGGGAAUGAGCAUCUGCCAGUUCGACCGGAGCGACGUUCUGGCGAGGCCGGCGUUGCAGCGGGACCGCGGCAUGAGCAUCUGUCACUUUGACAGGACGGACGUCCUGGCGCGGCCGCAGCGCGAGCGCGGCAUGAGCAUCUGUCACUUUGACAGAACGGAGGUUCUGGCGCGGCCGCAGCGCGAUCGCGGCAACAGCAUCUGCCACUUCGACAGGACGGACGUCCUGGCGAGGCCCACCUUCCCGCCGGGCAAGUCCCUGCUGAGGGAGAGACGCGUCAGCGUGUGCAACUUCCUGGAGAGAUACGAGGACUCGACCGGUUGUGGGAGGAACCUGCUGCAGCGGGACCGAAGGAUGAGCGUGAGUAACGUCGACAAGAUCGAGACCCUCGGGAGAUCCCUGUCGCCCAGGGAUUUUCGCGGUAGCGCCAACAACGCGCUCGACAAUCGCCAGGACAGUCUGGCGAGAUGUAGCGCGAUCAGGGAGAGGAACAGCUCGGUGCAUCACUUCGAUCGUCCGUCAUGUAGCAAAACGCCCGAUGUCGUUCUCGGAUACAAGGCAACGUGCGUUUAACCCCCGCGAAUACGGUUUUUCUCUCUGACUUAACCACCCAGGUAGCAAAGUGACGUCGGACUGACGUCAUUUUGACGUUUGGUGACGUCGAUUGGUUAUUUGAGUGGGUCUCUUCAAUGAUCUACUUUGGACGAAACUAAAAUGACCUCAUUGUGACGUUAGCUCAUUGGAGAGACCCACCCAAGUAGCAAACUGACGUCAUUAGACGUCAAUCUGACGUUUUUUUGACGUUUAAUGACGUCAGUUUCCUAUUUGGUCAUUUUGACGUUUGGUGACGUCGGUUGGUUAUUUGAGUGGGUCUCUUCAUAAUGAUCUACUUUGGACAAAACUAAAAUGACGUUAUUGUGACGUUAGCUCACUGGAGAGACCCACCCAAGUAGCAAACUGACGUCAUUAGACGUCAAUCUGACGUUUAAGGACGUCAGUUUGCUACUUGGGUGGAUCUCUCCAGUGAUCUACUUUGGACGAAAUACGGCUGUGAAAAAAUCCUUUGGUUACUCGCUUCGCCUUUCCUUCUCGACAUCUUUAUCGCCUAUAUUUCUUGUAUUCUUUAUGAGAAAGAGUACCCGAGUAUAUUUCAAGCAACCUUACACUCGAAAACUCUCAUCGAAAUAGAGUGUGCGGCAACCACUCGUCCUCUCCAACCGGGUGUUGCGGCUUUCGAAAUGACGGUUUCUCUCAUUUCCUCUUUGUCGCGGUGAACGUCGAUUUUGGAUCUCUAAAAAUCUGGACGCAACAUUUUCUGAGGACGAAAUUACGCGAACGACAAGAGCUGUUUUUUUCGCGUUGAAAUUUUUUCCUCUGUUUUAUUUUUGCCGUUUUUUACGCCGCGAGCCACGCACGCAGUAAUGAAACCACCUACCGCGCUUCGAUUCUAGUCGGCUUCAUGAAUGAUACAUGACGGGGAUGGAUUCACCGAGAAUAUGGAAACGCCGUUAAAUUUUCGUUCGUUGCUCGACGAUUCGUUAACGGUACAUAUUGUCGAGAAUUCCGUGCCGAAUAAUGAAACCGUAGACUUCGAAGGGAAACGUAAUAGCCGCGAGUAAUACGAGUAAUUGUUCCAGAAGCGCAAAUACGUGAAAUUAUCGCGAACGAAAUUCUGAAGGUGGUCUGGAAUGUUUAAUUCGCCUAAUGAGUUAUAUAAUUAGUCCUACGGGAGAAAUAAGCUUCAAAAAUCGAUUGAUCCAUUUUUUCUUCAUUUCUCUCUCUCUUUCCCUUUUUGCAUCUCUGUUCUUAUUCUUGUAGACUUAAUUAUAAUAGACAAAGAUUUCCUUCCUUUAGCUUUCUUCUCCUGAAAUCUGUCGUAGCAGCGAACCUUAGAGAUCACUUUAGUCUCUUCAAAGGUCUCGCAUCUUCUCUACUCGUAAACUUAUGUAUAUACAGGCUCUCGCAAAUUGUCUGUACACGAAGCAGAGCGGUAAUCGCGCGAUGGCGCAUUUCGAUUUGUUCGAUCUUGUCAACGUCAUCGAGCAUCAAACAUAUACGACGAAAGGAACGACAUUGUGCUCAGGGAUUAUUUAAAAAUUCCCUUCGGGAAUUAUUAUAGUCUGUCACUUUGAUAUUAGAAUCGCAGAUCAGUUCUUCUUCGCGUAAUUUACAUGUUAAUUGCCGCCAAAUUAAGGUAACUUUGUUUUUUAUUAUACUAUUUAUAGUUAUAUUUUUCUCUCAUCAAAAUUUGUAAUAAAAUUUUAUAUAUAUUUUUCCCAAUCAAAUGGAAUUGAAACUCGCAAUUGACGUAUAGAGCAGAUAAUUCUUUUAUUAAGUCGAGCUAUGAGUUAAUUCGUAUACAAAGUGUAAUUGAACAAACAGAUGGAAUUCUCUGACUAAUUUGGAGACAAUUUUUCCUCAGUGAAAAUGUCGAGGCACCAAUAAAUAAU